UUCAUGCAUUAGUAUUUGCUCAGAUUUUUUGAGGUUAUGAUUUUCAUGCAUUAUUAUUUGCUCAGUAUGCUCUGACAUUUCAUCAUGAAUAGACUUACUAACGAGCAACGCUUGCAAAUCAUUGAAUUUUAUUACCAAAAUCAGUGUUCGGUUCGAAAUGUGUUUCGCGCUUUACGCCCGAUUUAUGGUCUACAUAAUCGACCAAGUGAGCAAACAAUUAAUGCGAUUGUGACCAAGUUUCGCACUCAGUUUACUUUAUUGGACAUUAAACCAACCACACGAAUGCGUACAGUGCGUACAGAAGAGAAUAUUGCGUCUGUUUCUGAGAGUGUUGCUGAAGACCGUGAAAUGUCUAUUCGUCGCCGUUCGCAGCAAUUGGGUUUGUGUUAUUCGACCACAUGGAAGAUUUUACGCAAAGAUCUUGGUGUAAAACCGUAUAAAAUACAGCUCCUGCAAGAACUGAAGCCGAACGAUCUGCCACAACGUCGAAUUUUCAGUGAAUGGGCCCUAGAAAAGUUGGCAGAAAAUCCGCUUUUUUAUCGACAAAUUUUGUUCAGCGAUGAGGCUCAUUUCUGGUUGAAUGGCUACGUAAAUAAGCAAAAUUGCCGCAUUUGGAGUGAAGAGCAACCAGAAGCCGUUCAAGAACUGCCCAUGCAUCCCGAAAAAUGCACUGUUUGGUGUGGUUUGUACGCUGGUGGAAUCAUUGGACCGUAUUUUUUCAAAGAUGCUGUUGGACGCAACGUUACAGUGAAUGGCGAUCGCUAUCGUUCGAUGCUAACAAACUUUUUGUUGCCAAAAAUGGAAGAACUGAACUUGGUUGACAUGUGGUUUCAACAAGAUGGCGCUACAUGCCACACAGCUCGCGAUUCUAUGGCCAUUUUGAGGGAACACUUCGGAGAACAAUUCAUCUCAAGAAAUGGACCGGUAAGUUGGCCACCAAGAUCAUGCGAUUUGACGCCUUUAGACUAUUUUUUGUGGGGCUACGUCAAGUCUAAAGUCUACAGAAAUAAGCCAGUAACUAUUCCAGCUUUGGAAGACAACAUUUCCGAAGAAAUUCGGGCUAUUCCGGCCGAAAUGCUCGAAAAAGUUGCCCAAAAUUGGACUUUCCGAAUGGACCACCUAAGACGCAGCCGCGGUCAACAUUUAAAUGAAAUUAUCUUCAAAAAGUAAAUGUCAUGUACCAAUCUAACGUUUAAAAUAAAGAACCGAUGAGAUUUUGCAAAUUUUAUGCGUUUUAUUGUUUAAAAAAGUUCUCAAGCUCUUAAAAAAUCACCCGUUAGAAAGACUAUACAAUCGUUGCAAAAACCGACUUUUGAACCGAGGCCCGAAGGGCCGAAUGUCGUAUACCAUUCGACUCAGCUCGACGAGCUGAGAAAAUGUCUGUGUGUGUGUGUGUGUGUGUGUGUGUGUGUGUGUGUGUGUGUGUGUGUGUGUGUGUGUGUGUGUGUGUGUGUGUGUGUGUGU